UGAUUGAAGAUGAAUUGGUAUGCUAGUCAUGACAUGUACUUUUCAGGUAAAAAAGGAAAACUAAUAGGAAAUUUCGUCAAGUUUGAGGAGUGAAGGGUUAAAGCAACAAGGAUCUCGUCCAUAUAUUGUCAUGGUUCUUGUUGAAUUGUCAACACUUGUCACCAAAUCAAAACAAACUUCACGUAGAGGAUAAAUUAGAUGGCACGAUUUUUCACCCCAUGACACUAAUUUAAUCUUUUCGACUUUAGGAAAUGACUAACUUUUAAUGAAUGAUAACAUUUCCUUCGAAGUCGACCAAGGUGCGUUAUUCAAUCAAUUGUGUGCACUUUCCUUGAAGCAGCAGUGCAUAUAGUACCAGAAGCAAUUGAGCUUUAUCUACAACCCAAAUAUAUCCCUCAUUUCGAGGACUGAAGCUGCCAUCAGUGUACAGAGAGAUGGGAGAUAUGUGGGGAUCGGGAGUAACCGCUGUUAUGCUUACAUUAGAGUUCUUGGAAGUAGGCAUGAACACUGUAACCAAAGCAGCUAUGAGCAAAGGCAUGAGUCACUAUAUACUUGUAGUGUACUCUAACAUGAUUGCCAUUUCUUUACUUCUUUCAUCUUCCUUGAUCUUCUACAGAAAGAGAAUUGCUCCGGCAAUUACACUGUCCAUAAUCUGCAGGAUAUUUGUACUUAGUCUGCUCAGUUGUGCUGGGCAGGUGUUCACAUAUAUUGGGAUAGGAUACAGCUCCCCAACUCUGGCCUCUGCAAUGAUUGAUUUAACUCCAGCUUUUACUUUUAUACUCGGAGUGUUUUCAAGGUUGGAAAGGCUGGAUUUAAGAAUCAAAAGUGGUCAGGCCAAGUCUAUAGGCACAAUGGUAUUGAUCAUUGGGGGAUUAGUUUUUACUUUAUACAAAGGUCUGCCAAUUACAGGCAUCUCCUCAUCGGGUGAUGAGUUACACAAGGAGAUGCUUUUUUUAUCUCCGUCAAACUGGGCAAUUGGAGGUUUUUUCCUUGCAGCUCAUAGUAUCAUCCUGGCUCUAAUUUUCGUUAUUCAGACAUGGAUAAUCAGGGAUUACCCUUCAGUACUCAUCACGAAUCUCUUUACUUGUACCUUUGUGACCAUCCUAUCAGCAUCUGUAUCGUUGGUAGCAGAAAAAGAUCCAAAUGCCUGGAGAAUAAAGCCUGAUAUUCAGUUGAUAUCUAUUGGGUUUACGGCAGUUUUUGCCGUAUCACUUCGAAGCGUAGUUCACACAUGGGCAUGUCACAAGAAAGGGCCUGUCUAUACUUCCAUGUUCAAACCAAUUGGAAUGGUUAUAGCAGUAUUCAUGGGGGUAUCUUUUCUUGGUGAUACCCUCUAUCUCGGAAGCGUGAUAGGUGCUGUUAUCAUUGCCUUUGGGUUUUAUGCUGUGAUGUGGGGUAAAACCCAAGAAGAGAACACAGUUGAAGACAAAGAGGACUGCAGCUUCGAGCCAUCUUCCCCUAAGGCCCCUCUUCUGCAAAACAAAUCAACAAGUGUAUAGUAUCAUUUUGCAUGAAGUAUGUAAAAUCCAACUUAAAAAUUACAGUACGUAGAUGCUUGUCUACUUUUUAGAGUA